AUGGUCCAUGCCGACUCUCAGGCCGCACCAACUGAGACUGGCUCACAGGCUGCCCCGGCAUCAGCAGCUGCGCCAACCGAGACUGGCUCACAGGCUGCCCCGGCAUCAGCAGCUGCACCAACCGAGACUGGCUCACAAGCUGCUCCAGCAUCAGCAGCUGCACCAACUGAGACUGGUUCACAGGCUGCCCCAGCAUCUGCUGCUGCCCCAGCAUCUGCUGCUGCCCCAACUGAGACUGGCUCCAAGGCUGCUACUGAGGAGACAGGAUCAAAGGCCGCCACUGAGGAGACUGGCUCAAAGGCUGCUACUGAGGAGACCGGAUCAAAGGCCGCCACUGAGGAGACUGGCUCCAAGGCUGUUACCCAGGAGGCUGGCUCAAAGGCUGUCACCCAAGAGACUGGCUCCAAGUCCGCUCCAGCCGAGACUGGCUCCAAGGCUGCACCAACUGAGACUGGAUCCAAGGCUGUCACCCCAUCUGAGACUGGCUCCAAGUCUGCCCCGGCUUCUGGCAAGAAUGUUGUUCCAGCCGGUGGAAAUGACGGAUCAAGUGCAUCAAGAGUUGUCUCUGGAUUGGUUGGUGGUGUUCUCCUGGCUGCCGUCUUGGCAUUCUAA